ACGCAUUAUAACCAGCCAAUCGCUGGUCACUUUGACACGCCCUUUAAAUGUUCGUUUUUUUAUGAAUGCAAGUAAAACAGUUAGGGAUUCACUACAGUUUUGUGAUUGUUAUUAUAUUGUUCUAUUUUAUAGUGUUGUCGUAAUUUGGUUUGCUUAUUGUUUAAUAUAUAAUUGAAAAUUUUUGAACUAUAUAUAAUGACUGAACAACAAAUGGACUGUGCUUUAGACUUAAUGAGAAGAUUACCUCCUCAACAAAUUGAAAAGAAUUUAAGUGAUCUCAUAGACUUAGUCCCUUCUUUAUGUGAGGACUUACUUUCUUCUGUAGAUCAACCUUUAAAAAUAGCAAAAGAUAAAGAAUCAGGCAAAGACUAUCUUCUUUGUGAUUAUAAUAGAGAUGGUGAUUCUUAUAGAUCUCCAUGGAGUAAUACGUAUGAUCCACCUUUAGAAGAUGGAUCAAUGCCUUCUGAAAGAUUACGAAAAUUAGAAAUAGAUGCUAAUCAUGCAUUUGACCAAUAUCGAGAACUUUAUUUUGAAGGUGGCGUGUCUUCCGUUUAUUUAUGGGAUCUUGAUCACGGUUUUGCUGCAGUUAUUUUAAUAAAAAAGGCUGGAGAUGGGUCUAAAAAAAUUAAAGGUUGUUGGGAUUCGAUACAUGUUGUUGAAGUGCAGGAAAAAUCAACCGGUAGAAAUGCACAUUAUAAAUUAACUUCAACGGCGAUGUUGUGGUUACAAACAAAUAAACAUGGUUCGGGUACCAUGAAUCUAGGAGGUAGUUUAACAAGACAGGUGGAACAAGAUGCACAAAUAAGUGAAACAUCACCUCAUAUUGCUAACAUUGGCAGAAUGGUAGAGGAUAUGGAAAAUAAAAUUCGAAAUACACUUAAUGAAAUUUAUUUUGGUAAAACUAAAGAUAUUGUUAACGGUCUAAGAUCGGUUCAAUCUUUAGCAGACCAAAGGCAACAAGCAGCAUUGAGACAAGACUUGGCUGCAGCAUUACAAAGGCGAAAUGCUAAUAACUGAUUACAAGGACAAGAAAGCUUUGAUUAUAAUUGUGAUUAGGAAAAGCAAAACAAUUUAAAUCACACAUACACAAAUUCAUGGCAACACUGUUAUUUCUACACUAGGUGAAAAAAUGCAAAGGAUUUAUUCUGGGGCAUUUUUAGUUGUAUAUUAAUUUCUUGUUUAUUCUUAACUAUAAUUUUACUUUGUUCAGCAUGUUUUGCAUUCAACAUUUUAGUCAGUUACUAGUAGAUUUAGAUGUAUAUCUAUAAAUAAAACAGAAUUUGUUACUAAAAAA